AUGACUCAGAGAGGAGAUGAAAUUUCACCAUCUCUUCGGAAUGCGAUCGAAGUAUCAAAGAUUUUGGUUAUCGUUUUCUCGAAAGGUUAUGCGUCUUCGAGAUGGUGCCUCGAAGAACUUGUGAAAAUCCUGGAAUGCAAGAACAUGUAUGGAGGGAUCGUGAUACCGGUUUUCUAUCAUGUUGAUCCAUCGGAUAUAAGGAAUCGAACCGGGAAAUUUGGAGAUGGAUUUGCUGAGCUUGAAGGACGAUUUAAGGAGCAACCAGAGAUGGUGCAGAGAUGGAGGAGUGCUUUGAGUGAAGCAGCCAAUCUUUCUGGCUGGCCUUUGAAUGACAAGACGUCAGAAGCUGAAAUUGUGAAUGACAUUGUCGAUGAUAUUUUGAGGAGAUUGAGAAAUGUUAUGUGUCCGAGUGAUAACAAGAACUUGGUUGGAGUAGAAUCAACUAUCGAAGAAUUAAUUGAGUUGUUAUUGAGCAAAGAUGUUUGCAACUUUGGGAAUUUGGGGCACUCGGCGAUUUUCACAAAUAGAAGAUCUAAUGAAGAUAUUAAAAGCAUGGCUUCAGGAAGUCGAGUCAUUAUAACAACCAGAAAUAAACAAGUGCUUGAGAACUGCAAAGUAGAUAGAAUCUACGAAGUUAAGAAAUUAUCUCAUCCAGAAGAUCUACAUCUUUUUAGCCGAUAUGCUUUCAAACAAAAUCUCAUCCCAGAAGAUUAUUUGCGGCUCUCAAAUAAGGGAACUGAAGCGGUCUAUGGAGCUGUUCAUAAUAAGGUGCAUGGGUUUCAAGGCCUGGAAUUUGAUUUCCCUGAGCUAAGAAUAUUUGUUGGCAUAAUUAUCGGUGGAAUCUUUGCCAUGCAAUUUAAUCCCGAGAACCUUGUUGCACUUGAGAUGCGCUAUAGUAAUCUUGAAGAACUUUGGAGUAGUCCAGUGCAUCUACGUAAGAUUGCGGACCUCUCACAGGCCCCGAAUCUUGAGAGUUUGAUUCUCGAAGGUUGUACAAGUUUGAUUGAGAUCAUUUCCCCAUCCACUCGGAAGCUCAAUAAACUUGUUAUUCUGAAUCUAAGAAAUUGCAAAAGCCUCCAUGGUCUUCCACCGGGUAUUCAUCAAUCAAAUUCUCUUAGAUUUGUCAUUCUUUCAGGUUGCUCAAAUCUCAAAACGGCUCCCAAGAUCUCAUGUAACACAGAACAACUUUGUCUGGAUGGAACUGCAAUAAAAGAAUUUUCCUCUAUGAUUGAACGUCCUUCUAGACUAGUUCAAUUCAGUCUUCAGAACUGUUCAAGGCUUGAAAGACUCCCAAGAAACUUUCAUAAGUUUAAAUCCCUCAAACAUCUUUCUCUAUCUUCUUGCUCAAAUCUUGAGACUAUUCCAGAGAUCCCACGUAAGAUAGAAGAGUUAUAUGUUGAUGGAAUUGCAAUAGAAGAAUUGCCCUCAUCAAUUGAGUCUCUAUCCAAUCUACAAACAUUGAGUCUCAGGAAUUGUUCAAGGCUCAAGAGUCUUCCAGAUGGCAUUUGUAAGCUAAAAUCUCUCAAGUAUCUGUCUCUCUCCGGUUGCUCAAACAUCAUGACAAUUCCAAAGAUCUCAUGUAAGAUGGAGCAAUUACAUUUAGAUGAAACGGCAAUAAAAGAAUUGCCCUCGUUAAUCGAGUAUCUAUCCAGUCUAGUCACUUUAAGUAUAAAAAAUUGUUCAAGUCUUGAGAAUCUUCCGGACGAAAUCUGUAACCUGACAUCUCUCAAACAUCUCUAUAUCUCUGGUUGUUCAAAACUCGACAGAUUGCCUGAUGACAUCGGAAAUCUGCAAAGUUUGGAGGUGUUUGAAGCUAAUGGAAUUGCUGCAACCAAAUUACCAUCAUCCAUGGAAAGUUUGAGCAACAUUCGUGAAUUAUCUUUUGAGAGAUGGAAAGGGCAAGAGCUUGUGCGUUCUCUUUCUCCUAUGUUAUCAGGUUUGAAGCUUUUCAAGAAACUAAACCUGAAUGACUGCAAUAUUACAGAAUUACCCAACAGUCUUGGCGAUUUAUCCUUUUUGGAACAUUUAUAUCUUUCUGGAAACAAUUUUGAGAGCAUUCCAGCAACAAUCAUCAACCUUUCGAAGCUAUCUUCGCUCGACUUGAGCCACUGCAACAUGCUUCAAUCCUUACCAAACCUUCCUGGUGACAUACAACUUCUGGUAGCAAAUAGCUGCAAAUCUCUGCAAACAUUAUCCGAUUUGCCGAUUCCAAGCCAUGGCUAUUUCAACGGUAAUCUCAGCUUCAUCAAUUGCUUCAAUCUGGACUGGAGAACGCUUACAAGAAUUCUGGAUUACGCUCUGUCAAAUAUGUAUGAAAAGGCCACUUACACUCACAAGAGUCCUUUCAGUUACAUGUGUUUCCGAGGAAGCGAAAUUCCUGAGUGGUUUAACUUUCAAAGUACUGCAUCAUUUCUAGAGCUUCCGGCAGGCUCGUUGAAUCAUAAUUUCAUUGGCUUCACCUUCUGCACUGUGUUAUCAUUCCAGGAUUAUAAAGCUGGGACGUUGGUUGUUGAGUGCGAGUUGCUUCUGAAAUGCGAAGAUGGCUUGACGAAAAUGGGGAGCGAAUGGGAUGAAUUCUCUGAGGCCAUUAUCAAGCUCAGUGUUACAAAUGUAGAAUGCGUGGUGAAGAAGUGUGGAGUCCGUUUAUUGUUCAGCCAGGAGGAAUCAAUGAACGAAUCCAGCUUAUGUUUGCUCUCCGAUGAAGAUGAAGAUGAAGAUGAGCCACAGUCAAAGAGAUUGUAA